AUGGGGCUAUUAACCAGCAGGGUCUUGAAAUGCAGGGAAUCCAGUCCAGUGGAGCCACAGCCAGAAGAAGUCACAGCUGGCCCCAGUUGCCUGUCUGGCAGUCGCAAGCGAAAACUGAGCACAUCGGAGAAUUUGGCACCAAGCUCUGACGUCCAUGGACCUCAAAACCAGGGUAUGAAUCUAUAUAAAAUUCUCAACUACAUCUACAGGAAAAGGGCUAAGAUCUCAUCUAAUUAUGCUUACGAAAAUUUAUUUUUGAAUGGGAAUGACAGCGACAUAAAAAUCUGUGCUUGCGGAAGAACAUGGUGUUUACACAAAGUAUUUUUAUGUCAGUCAGGCUACUUUGCUAACAUGUUCAAAGGUACUUGGAGAGAAUCACACAAUGAUGUUAUUAAACUGGUCAUUAAGAAUGAGGAUAUUGAUGCCAGAUCUCUGCACUUUGUGUUUGGUUCUUUAUACACGGACGAGGAUUUGUCACUAACACCUGUGGAAGUUCCUCACGUUUUGGCAGCAGCAUGCCUGCUUCAGGUGCAUCGAGUAAUUCGGCAGUGUGAGGAGACCAUGAAGACAACCAUCAAUAGGAACACUGUAUGCUCCUAUUAUAUGACAGCAGAAACCUAUAGAUUAAAAGCUGUAAAGACCAGAUGCUUUGAAUGGCUUCUUUAUAAUUUGAUGACACAUCCAAGUGUGGCACUUUACAGGGAAGUAGAUAUGAAGUUGAUGUAUCUUCUCGGGUCAUCUUCUGACUUAUUAGUGAUGCAAAAGGAGAUCGAUGUAUAUACCACACUGAAGACAUGGAUGUUCCUCCAUCUUAAUCCAUGCUGGAAUGGAACCAUGAAACAGCUUUUAGAUCAUACCAACAGCUGGCUUUCCAACUACAUGGGAUGUAUUGAUGACAACAGUUUUCUUGAAAGUGAAGAAGGACUAAUAUUUCAACCAGUGUUUAAAAAACUGAGGUUUCAGCACAUUAUCUGUGACAUGGCCUCCACAAGCAUCCUUGAACAAGAUCGUCUAAUACCUUUGGAAUGGUUGUCACCCAUUUAUAAACGACAGUGGCUGACUUUUCUGCAAGCACAAGAACAAAUGACAAUUGGUCCAAAAACCAUCAAUGAAGAACUCGAAGAAUGCACCAUGAGAUGUGGUGAAAUAAUCCCCCAAAAUGGUAAAUACACUUGGAAAUGGUCAUCUUGCAAUCUUAACUUUCCUUUACAUGUCACCUUUACAAGCCAGUGUAUAACUUUCAGGAAAUGUUAUCAGCGGUGUGAUGCCAUUGCCUGCAUAAAACAUAUACGAAAUAUCCUAUUCAGACUAACUUUGGUGUGUUUUGAUUCCAACGAGAAAGUAACAUUCAGGAAAACAACAGGUUAUAAACUUCUUACCUUUGCAUAUCUCGAGGAACAAAUUGUAAUGAAACUGGAUAGUGAAGUUCUAACCUUCCCUUUGUAUAUAUUUGGCAGUUUCCUGUGCGUAAACCUAGCAAAUUCGGAAAACCAGUAA